AUGAACUUUGGCACUGUCGAGUACUUUGACAUCUUCAUCCAGGCCACGGCGCAGACCGACAGCCUCCAGUGGUCGGCACAGCCCACCGAGCCCGCGGCAGUCGGCCACGGCGCGCUGGACCCGACCACGGCGCUCACUCGCGUCUACCGUCUCCAGUUCCGCGAGAAGCCGUGGGAGCGGCGCGCGAAAAAAUGGCACAGCGACAAGCCGACGCUCCAGCUCCAGGGAAAAUGGCGGACGGUGCACGACAUUGAGACCAUUGUCGGCCGGCUGAACGCCUCGCGGAUCGACGACCUGGCCAUCAAGAUCUCUGGCGGCCCGCUCGAGUCGUACGCCAAGCUGUUCGACACGCUCAAUAUCCCGGGCCUGCGCAAGCUGUGCGUCGAGGACGCUCUCCCAGCGUCGGCCGGCACGCCGCUCGAGCGCUUCCUCCGCUCGCCGCGGGCGCACGGGCUCGUCACGAUCGACCUCGACGGCGGCUUCCUGCACGCCAAGGAGGUGGGGCGGAUCGCCGAUGCCCUCCGCACCACAAACCGGACAGUCACCCGCCUGUGCCUGUCCGAGUGCUACCUCUCGCAGCACCGGUGCGUGUGCGACCUGCGCCAGAACAUCUGGUCGGAGCGCGGCGACACGCGCCACCCGUACAUCCAGAGCAUCAAGCUCGCCGAGGACCGCAACCGGUUCCUCACGACGCGCGUGCGGCAGGCAGCGGUGCGCGCGCUCGUGCCUGCGCGUAUCCUCCUGCGUGCGCGCGCACCAGAGGACUACGAGUCGAGCGACUCGGACCAGUCGGCAGAGACGUUCGCGUCGGCGUCGUCGACGACGAGCUUGGCGGGACAUAUCAACAAGCUGCCGCGCAACGUCGUCAUCCGCAUCAUCCAGUUCGCGAGCCGCGACCCCGCCGCGCUGAGCGGCGCGCAGCUCGCGCGCAUCGUCGACCAUGCGUCUGACUCCGAGUCCCUCAAGCGUGUUGCGCUGGCGCUCAGCACCGCCGCUGACCGCGGACAGACACACAACCUCGCCCGGCUGGAAUGGCUCAGCCGCGGCGGCUUCUUCUGGGAUCACCUGCGGCCCGCAGUGGCGGCGGCGUGA